AUGGCUCGUCAGUUCUUCGUCGGCGGUAACUUCAAGAUGAACGGGACCCAGAAGGAUCUCAAGGCCAUUGUUGAAAACCUUAACAAUGCUCAGUUGGACUCCAACGCCGAGGUCGUGAUCGCUCCUCCCGCUCUCUACCUUGACUUUGUCAAGCAGAACCUCAACAAGUCCACCGUUGAGGUCGCCGCCCAGAACGUGUUCAACAAGCCCAACGGUGCUUUCACUGGCGAGAUCAGCGCCUCGCAGCUCCAGGAUCUCGGCAUCAAGUGGACCAUCCUCGGCCACUCUGAGCGCCGCAACGAGCUCGGCGAGUCGGACGAGUUCGUGGCCUCCAAGACCAAGUACGCUCUUGACAACGGCAUCUCGGUCAUCUGGUGCUGCGGCGAGUCCAAGGACACGCGCCAGGCCGGCGAGACCAUCAAGUUCGUUGAGAACCAGCUCGCCGCUCUCGCCAAGCAGAUUUCCGAGUCUGACUGGAAGAACGUGGUCGUCGCCUACGAGCCCAUCUGGGCCAUCGGCACCGGCCUCGUCGCCACCAAGGAGCAGGCCCAGGAGGUGCACGCCGCCAUCCGCAGUUGGCUCAAGCAGAACGUCAGCGACAAGGUUGCCCAGGAGACUCGCAUCCUCUACGGCGGCUCUGUCAACGCCAAGAACUGCAAGGACCUUGCCAAGGAGGAGGACAUUGACGGUUUCCUUGUUGGCGGUGCCAGCUUGAAGCCCGAGUUCGUCGAGAUCAUCAACUCCAAGCAGUAG